GAUCUAUACACACUAGAGCUAGCCAGUAACUAUGAACCUGUAGGUUACACUUGUGCUACCUGUGUCUGGUUACUACAUGCAACCCGGCCCUCGGGCCUCGCUUAUCAACUAAGUCAUCGCUCAGGAAGCUUGUAGAACAUUACUUUUGCCUGCUUGCCAACAGCGUUGAAGCGUGCAGCGUUGGCGCACACGGUGGCCGCCGCGUUAAACGCGGCUGCCGGGCGGAGGAGGAUUGCGCAAAGAUGAUGCAUACGGUAGCCGAGUCCUAUUUGAUAAAGAAGUAUGAGCAGUUUCGCCAGAAGAAAGAGGAAGCGGCGGCCGCGCGACGGCAGGCCGCAGCCCAACAGCGUCAGAGCCUAGCCUCGAAGUUGCCCCCCUCCCUGGCACAAGCCCUCGGAGCCGGCGCCGCCAGCCUCUCACUACCCCCGCGAGGCAGCCUGGCGUACUCGGCGCCAAGCCAAUCGCGCACUGCCGGCGGCGACACCCCCGCCUCGGCUGAAGCUGCCGCAUCUGCGACUGCUGCUUCUGGGGAUGCUGCGCCUUCGGGAGAGACUGCCAAGGAUCGGGCCCUUCGGGCUCUUCGGAUGCAGCGGCAGCGCGCCGAGUCAGGCGACGCAGCCGCAGCCGAGGCCCCUGCCGGGCCGCCCCCCAGCACCGCCCCAAGCGGCCGCAAGCUGCCUAGUGCCGCGCGGCGCAACAUGGCGGCUGGCGGAGGCGGCUUCGGAGCACCGCCCACACCGUUGCAUGCGCCCAUGCAAGAGCCCCAAGAGCCGGCGGCGGCGGGGUACGUGCCACUGACACGUCCGCGUGGCAGCGGCGGCGGCGGCGGUGGUGGAUCUGGAGCUGAAGCCGGCGCUGGCAGCGGCGGAGCAGGAGCUUCAGCCGGCGCUGAGGCGGCUGGUGGCGGCAAGGCGCCCGGCCCUCGGCCGGCGGGCUUCAAACCGCCCGUCCCGGCAGGUUUCAAGGCGCCUGUGCCGGCGGGUUUCAAGGCGCCUGUGCCGGCAGGAUUCAAGGCACCGCUUCCAGCUGGGUUCAAGCCGCCGGGUCCGGCGGGGUUCAAGCCCCCGGUGCCCGCCGGAUUCAAGCCGCCUGUGCCGGGAGGUGCGGGCGGCGGUGGCGGCAGCGACCGCGGAGGAGCUGGGGCGGCGUUGGUGGGCAACAAGCGCUCGACUCCGGAGCCGCCGUCAGGGUCUUCAGCUGGCGGGGCGGCGGCGGAGCCAACGACGUCGUCAUACACGCUGCCGUCGUCAAGUAUGUCGUGCCCCGGCGGACCAUGCGGCGAUGCUGCCUUCAUCACACGGCAUAGUCGCUGCCGCGGUGAAAGCGGCGACGACGGCGAUGCCGGAGGUUGGGGCGUCGGCAGCAAUCGCAUGUCAAUACGAGUUCGGUUUAGUGAAGUGUCUUGCGCCAGCGGCGGCGACGGUAGUGACGAUAGCGACUGCGAUGACGCUGACCGCACUCACACCGGCGGCGGCAGUGGCGGCGUUGGCGACGCAUGUGGUACCAUCCCCCAAUACGACGGCGCUGACGAUGACCUGUACGACAUGGGCGACGGCGGCGGCAGCGGCGACGCUGCCGCAGCCAACGUCGUCAUGGCUGGCGGUGGAAGUGCAGCCGCCGUUGACGUCAACAUGACUAACGGCGGCAGCGCAGACGUUCCGGUUCCCAUUAUGCUACCAGGAGCGCCGGUCCAGGACGCAUUAGCGCAGUUUCCAGACCUGCAGCAGCUAGUUGGCAGUGGGAUUGGGAUUGCCGUCGGCGGCGCCGAGGGUGCGGCGACGGCAUGCUUGCCUGGGGAGCAUGUCGUACCUCCGGAGGCCGUGUCGGCGGCGGAGGCGCAUUCGGCGCUGGCGGAGGCGACGGCGGCGCUCGUACAAGCAACAGCGGCGUUGGCGGAGGCGACUGCCGUCCUAGCGGAGGUGACAUCAACGAACCCUGUGCCGAUGCCGUUGCCAUGCAUACCCGAUACCGCCGAUCCUUUCAUGGGGACGGUGGCUGUAGACGGGGCGGCAGUUUGGGGCGUUAUGCCGUACGCGCCGCUACCGAUGGCCGUGGAGACGCCCGUGUUCGACCCCGCCGCCGCCGCAGCGGCAACCAGCGGCAGCGGCACAACCGCUGAGGGCGUUGUGGUGCCGCCUGGCGACUUUAACAACUUGCUUCCGCCGUUUGACAUGCUGCAGCCGUUACAGCCUCUGCAGCUCAUGCAGCCCAUGGCAGCGCCCGCAGAGGCCGCUGCGUCUGCAACGGCCGCCGCCGCUGCCGUUGCACCCGGUUUCGGGGCCGGCGCCCCUUUCCUGGUGGGCCCAAUGGGUGCACCUGCCUUUCCCAUCCCCGAAGAUGCAGGGGCCGCCGCCGGCCUAGCCCUCCCAGCCGUCCCUGCUGAGCUAGCAGCGGGGGUCGGUGAUACCGUGGCAGUGACGGCGGGCUCCGUCGAGGCGAACAGUGCGGCAGCCAGCGGCGCCGUCAGCCCUGUGGCGGCGGACCCUGCUGCCGUCGCCGCCGCUGCUGCUACUGCCAUGGAGGGAACCUGCUCUACAGAUGGCCUGGUGGCGCCGUUUGACUCGCUUGGGGUGCACUUCGACGCAAUCCUGGGCCCGUACGAUGCGCUCAUGAUGGCCGAACGGCCGGGCGAAUGGCUACCCGAGCAGGCACAUGGGCACGGAGUGGAGCAGCAGGAGGGGAAGGGGGCGGUGCAGACGCAUGGCGAGGAGGCCACGGUCGUUUAUGGGGAGCAUGCGCAGCUCCAGGAGUUGCAGGCAGGUACGUUUGGAGAGAGUCAGCGACAGCAGUAUCGACAGCUACAGCAGCGGCCAGAGCUAGGAGAAGUGCUACAGCAGCAGCAGCAGGAUCCCCAGCGGCAACAGUGGCAUCAGGUAAUGCAGGACGUUCCUCAGGAAGGACAGCAGCAGCAGCAGCAGCAGUGGACGUGGCAGGAGCACCCAUCGACUGAGCUUCGGGCACCGCAACAGCAGCAGGAGCAGCAGCGAACGGUAGUAUACAGGGUCGCGCGCGAUCAGGCUUACCAGCAAGAGCAGGAACAGCAGGAGCGGAAAGAGCGACGGGCUGUAGUGAGAGUAACUGGCAUAGGACGGGGCAAGCAGCUGCUAUCCAUGGCUCCAAGGAAGGCUGCGUCCGGGGCUGGGGCGUCCUCUCAGCACCCCAGCAGCGGCAGCAGAAGUGACAAUGACCUGGCCUCCGCACCCACACCCGGGGGUGAGGUCGCCAUGGAGGAGGCGGAGGCAGAGCCGCAGGCUAAGGAGCAGCCGCCGCCGCCACCGCCGCGGGCGCAGCAGCAGCAGCAGGUGACGCGGCCGAUCUUGCGUGUGCGCCUACCCUGGCCGCUGUCAGCCCGCAACCAGCAGCAAAAACAGCAACAGCAGCAGCAGCAGCAGCAAAAUCAGCCACACCAGCCACAGCAGCAGUCCAGUAAGCAGCAGCAGCAGCGACAUGGUCCGUAUCCGCAUUCUCUUAGCAACCAGCAGAAACCAACAGGCAAUGGCAGCAGCGGCAGCGGCCCCUCCUCGCACCCCAUGCGCGCCACACACGGAGGCCCCACGCCCACCCCAACCCCAACCAAGCCCACCACCGCAGCACCCCCAACCGCCGCCGCUCCCUCCUCGCCCUCCCGCUCCUCCCUCGACGGGGAGGACCCGGGCUCGGCUUCCUCAGAUGGCGGCACAGCCUCCUCCGAGUCCGAACUAGACCAGGCGGACUAUCGGCCGCGCUCGCGUUCCCGCUCCAAGUCACCUGGCGGGCUCCGUGGGGGUGCCCUCCGCAGCGGCGAGCAGCGCCACCGUAACCAUGGGCAUCACCCCCAGCACCCGCAGCAACGGUCGCGGAGGCCAGGUGAAUUCUAUCGCUCACGGUCCCGCUCACGGUCGCGGUCGCGGUCUCGCUCGCCGCCCUACCACUUGAAACGUCGCAACUCGCGCUCUCGGGCGUCAUCGCGUUCGCCCGGGCGGCGGGCUGCCGGCAGCGGCGGCCUCGGAGGCGGUCGUACGGCAGGGAGGUCAGCAUCACGGUCGAGGUCGCGGUCACCGGCGCGGGGCGGUUCGCUGCUGAGCCGGCGGGGCCGAGGCCGCGAACGUGAGCGUGAGUACGAUCGCGGUCGCUCGCGGUCGCCCCCGCUGCCGUCAUUGGGGGCAGGGGUGCAUGCGCACUACCGAGGUGGCAGCGGAGGUGGUGGCGGUAGUGCUGGCGGAGGUGCUGGCGGGGGUGGAGCAGUGGAAGGGGAGAAGGCCGGCGGCAUGCGGCGGCGGCGGCGGCGCUGUCGUGGCGGGCGGAGGCGGGCGGCUGGGGGCCAGGCCGGGGCGGCGGCGGCAGUGAUGCCGCCUCUGCCGGGGCCCGGGAUGAUGGAUGGCUGCUGGCCGGUGCAACACGCGAAUGGAAACAUGGAGGGGAGGCCUGGACUCCGCCCCAUGCCGGGACACCCGCCGCACCUUCCACCUCACGGCCCCAUGCACGGUGGCCCCAUGCACAUGGGCCCAGACCGAGAGCGACCCGCGGGUCACCGCAACUCCGCUGACCUCUCAGCCAGGCCCGCCCACCAGGGCCCCGGCCCCGCCAACGGCGCCGAUCGGGAGCGCGAGUCGCGGCCGCCACCGCCACCGCCGCCUCCUCACCUGCCUCCUCCUCCCGGCAGCGGUAGCGGUGUUGGCGGCAGCGGUGGCGCUGGUCUGACGCAGCCAGUUGGCCGCGACCACGGCCGAGAGAAGAAACACACCAGCAAUACUAGCAACGGUAACACUAACCUCAACAACAGCAGCAGCAACAAUGCCAAUAUCAGCAGCAACAGUGCAGCAGCAGCAGCAGCAGCAAACGUGAACAGCAACAAAAAUAACAUGAACAACAGCCACCACAACAACAACAGCGUCCGCGAGGGCGGCAGUGGGGCUGCUGGCAGGGAGGCCAGUCGAGAGGCUGGCGCUGGGCCCCGCAGCGGCCCCGGCGCGGAGCCCGCUCGGGACCGGGAACGGGAGCGCGACAGGAGCCGGGAUAGGAGCCGGGACAGGGAGCGAGACCGCGGCGAGCCGCACCCCCAGCAGCGCGAGUGGUCAGCAGCAGGAGACGCGGCAGGUGCCGGCGGCAGCGGCAGUGGUCGGGGAGGGGCUCGGGAGCGCCAACAGGGUGGUAGCGGCGGAGGCGGAGGCGGGGAUGGUGCCGGCGGCGGUGGCGGCGGCAGGUCGCAUGAGCUGGCCUGCACGCUGUUUGUGGGCGACCUGCCUCCGGGGAUUAGCGUGCCCGAGCUCAUGGCGGUGUUCCAGACCUACUCGCAGGAGGUGGUCAACGCCCGGCUAGUCAGCGGUCAACUUUACGGCUUCGUGCGGUUCGCUCGUCCCGAGGCCGCCACCACGGUGCUGGAGCUGUCCCGCUCCAUGGGCGUGGAGGCGGGCGGACACCGCCUCACGGUGGCGCGGGCGCAGGGAGCGCUGCCCGACUGGAAGAAGACGGGCCCUUCCCAGCAGCGGCGCGAGUAUGGCCGGUCGGAUGGCUACGGUAUGUCUUACGAGCUGCCGCCUAUCGCCAUUGCGCCGGCGCCGAUGCGCAUGCCGCGGAUGCCGCCACCAAUGUUUGGCAUGUAUGGCAUGGGAGGGCCUAUGCCAUCUGGGCAGCGUGUCACGCGCCAUGUCCUGGAAUACGAUGAUCUCUAGCGGAGACAAAUUUGGGAUCUAGGUUCGCAGGAGUCGCAGCCUAAGAGCUAACGGUCAGAGAGGAGGUUCCGGAGCAAGUCAGGAGCAGUUUGAUAGUGUUUGCUCAAUGAUUAUACUAGGUGCUAAGCGUUAGCUGUGAUAUACGCAGGCCAGCGUGCAGUAGUUUAGUCGUUGAUUGCGAUGAAUUCAGGUUUCGGUGCUGGAAUGAACUGGCGACAGGCUAGUUAGUAUUUCCUUGCUAGUUGUCGACGUGUCACCUUGUAGGCUUUAGGAUUUAAUUGAUGCCAAGCAGGCUUCAGCUUGUCCCUUACAGGCUCCAAUCAUGGCAUUUUCGUUACAACGGGCAGCGCUGUAAUGUUGUGCUUAUCUACUUCUUCCCAUUGGGAAUUUUGUAAAACGUGUGCGCAUAUUGAUUCAACCGGUAGGGCUUACCGUUAAGCGGCAUCGUUACUGAAGCACCAAGUACAGUCAUUGAUCAACGCAUCACUGCGAGAGGUUAUUUCCUUCGAUGAAUCAAGAGAGCACAUCACCGCCCCCGGCCACGGGCUCUGCGACCAGCGUGCUGGACAACCAUGCUAGAUCGCAGUGCCUUGUAUCGGGCCCAGCUGUGGGACUCGUGAACUUAGGGAACACCUGUUUCUUUAACUCAGCCUUACAGCUGCUGCUAGCCAGCCCACACCUCAACUGGGCUGCUGCAGCAUCCCGCAUGCCGUCUGCUGCAGGCAGCGGCGCAGCAGGCGAUUCUCGAGCUGGCUUGCCAGCAGUAGCGCCAGCGGCGCUGGGGCGCGGCCCGCUUG